GCCGCCCGAGAUCGCAGCGCAGACCUGCCGCCGCCGCCCCGUACUCCUGAACAGCCGCAGCCAUGCCGUCGACGAAGAAAGGGUCGAAGAAGUCCAGCAAGAAGGCGGGAAGCAGCGUCUUCUCAUCCUUCUCCCAGGUGCAGGUCUCCGAGUUCAAGGAAGGCUUCGCUCUGAUGGACAACGACAAGGACGGUAUCCUCAACAAGACCGACAUCAGAAACUCCUUCGAUAUCGUCGGCAAGAUUGUGUCGGACAAGGAGCUGGAUGACAUGUUGAACGACGCGCCCGGUCCUAUCAGCUUCACCAUGUUUGUCAACAUGUUCGCUGAGCGGCAGUCGGGGCCUACCGACGACGACGAGAUAAUCAUCAAGGCCCUCAAGGCCUUCGACAACGGCCAGGGCAAGAUCGAAAGUGAAGCCUUCCGCAACCAGCUGAUGGUGUUUGGAGACAAGAUGAAGCCGAAGGAGGUGGACGACGCGUUAGCCGAGAUGGACUUCGAUGAUGAGAACAACAUCGAGCUGGAUCCGCUGAUCGAGAUGAUCGUGGGCAAGACCGAUGAUGGCGGCGCGGCGGAGGACCAGGAAGCGGCCCCGGCCGAGUGACCUGUAGAAAGGCCCAUCGCCGCCGCGACUCUCGCCAGACGCAGGCUCGCCGCGGCCGCGACUCUCGGCGGACGCAGGCUCGCCGCCGCUGCGACUCUCGCCGGACAGCCCGACACCGUCUGGCCAGUCUGGCUGUCUGGCUGCCCGGCUGUCCGCUGCUCUGGGACGGGGGCGGGCCGGGCGGGGUCAGCGGGGCGGGCUCGGCUCGGAUGCUCCCGGGACCCCCGCCGCUGCCCGCCCGCCCCCUCACUCUGGCCGUACGAGCCGUACAGCCGCCGACGGCACACUGGACAUGCCACUAACUCGGUGUGGUUUGUGCGCUGAACAAUACAUGGUCAGGACCUGACAGCGCGGGGCGACGCUGGCUUC